AUGAAGGCAGAAAUCCUCUUCCCAGGGUUGCUGGUGGUCCUCAUCCUGUUCCAGGCACAUGUAUCUUCUUCCUAUGAUCUGUCCAAGGAGCUGUCAGAUGCAUCCCUCCUGAGCAGCGUGUCUGAAGCCAAGCAGAUCGUGGAUUCAGCCUACAAGGACACACGCGACCGCAUAAAGAAGAGCCUGGAGAAUGACGUCUUGACCCCCGUAGAGCUUCUGAGAUAUUUCAAACAGCCAGUGGCAGGGACUCGGGCUGCCGUGCGGGCUGCAGAUUACAUGGAAACCACCCUGACCCUUCUCAAGGAGAAGCUACGCUGGGCCGUGAAGGGGGACUUCAAUGUCACAGAUGUGCUCACACCAGCUCAGCUGGGGAUGAUUUUCAAAGCAAGCGGAUGUGACCAGCAGAAUGAGGAAAUAAACUGUGAAUCUUCUGGCCGCUACCGAACGAUCACUGGCAAGUGCAACAACAGGAAAAACCCAUUACUAGGAGCUUCAAACAGAGCCCUGGCCAGAUGGUUGCCAGCAGACUAUGAAGAUGGUGUGUCAGUUCCCCAUGGGUGGACAGAAAAAAAGCGUUCCUCUGGAUUCCCCUUUCCACUGGUUCGAAAGGUGUCAAAUGAGAUCGUCCGUUUCCCCCCUGGGCAGCUCAAGCUGGACCAGCAGCGAUCACUCAUGUUCAUGCAGUGGGGUCAGUUUAUUGACCAUGACCUUGAUUUCAGUCCUGAAACCCCAGCCAGAGUCACCUUCAGUGGCAAAGUGGAUUGUCACACCAGCUGUGCCAAGCAGCCCCCCUGCUUUCCCAUCAAGAUCCCACCCAAUGACCCACGAGUUAAAAACACCAGAGAUUGCCUCCCAUUCAUUCGCUCAGCUCCUGCUUGUGACGGUGGCAAAGCAAUUCGAGAACAGAUCAACGCGCUCACCUCCUUUCUUGAUGGCAGUGUGGUGUACGGCAGUGAGGUGCCUUUGGCCAACAAGCUGAGGGAUCAGACCAACCAGCUGGGCUUGCUGGCUGUUAAUCGGAAUUUCACUGACAGGGGCAUGGCAUAUAUGCCCUUUGACUACAUGUCAAAGGACCCCUGUCUCAUGGUCAGCAAGGGAGCUAAAAUUCCAUGCUUUCUUGCAGGUGACUCUCGAGCAAAUGAGAUGCUGGAGCUGGCGUGCAUGCACACGCUUUUUGUGCGGGAGCACAACCGCCUGGCUAGAGGACUGAAGAGAUUAAAUCCACACUGGAAUGGAGAGAAGCUCUACCAGGAGGCACGGAAGAUUGUGGGUGCCAUGAUCCAGAUUAUAACCUACAGGGACUACCUGCCUCUUUUGCUGGGAACAAGUUUACAGAAAUGGAUUCCUUGCUACCAAGGCUACAACGAGGCUGUGGAUCCUCGCAUAUCCAAUGUCUUCACUCUGGCUUUCCGUUUUGCUCAUGCUUCAAUUCCCCCAUCUGUGGGCCGAUUAAACCAAAAUUAUAAGCCCAUAAAUCCCAAACUGCAACUCAGCAAAACCUUUUUUGGUGUCUGGAGGAUUGUGAAAGAAGGCGGUAUCGAUCCCUUCCUGCGGAACCUGAUGGCCAGUAAGGCCAAGCUGAUGACACAGAAACAAAUGGUUGUGGAUGAACUCCGGGAUCGGCUCUUUGAGCAGGUUGAAAGGAUUGGGUUUGAUUUGCCUGCACUUAACAUGCAGCGUUGCAGAGAUCAUGGCCUUCCAGGUUAUAUCUCCUGGAGACAAUUCUGUAGGCUCUCAAAACCUCGUGGUUUGAAGUCACUUGCUCGAGUAUUGAAGAAUCACAGUCUGGCAAAGAAAUUCAUGCAGCUGUAUGGGACACCAAAGAAUAUUGACAUUUGGAUUGGGGCGCUUGCAGAGCCCUUUGUGAAAGGUGGAAGAGUUGGUCCUCUCAUGGCUUGUCUAAUUGGCACCCAGUUCAGGAAGAUACGUGAUGGGGACAGGUUUUGGUGGGAGAAUAAAGGAGUUUUCACUCCUCGGCAGCGCAGUUCACUGGCUAAAAUCUCCUUGUCACGAAUAAUAUGUGAUAACACCCACAUCUCUAAAGUGUCAAGAAAUAUCUUCCAGGCCAACAGCUAUCCUCACUCCUUUGUGAGCUGCAACCAGAUCCCAAAGCUGGACCUCAGAGCCUGGAAGUCAAAGAAGAUGGAGGAAAGUACAGAGUAAGAAGAACCACAUGAUUCUUAAUGUUGAACACUGAGGAUUCCCCAGAAGCUUGGAUUUGAAGAAGCUGCUGAGAUUUAUUUUUUUUGUAUUUUUUUAUCCCUAUGUCUAUGUUUUUCCUGCCUGAAAUGUUUGGGCUUGACUCAAUUUAGUUUGCACGAAGCCUUUCAAGUGAGAUGGAAUCCAGUGUUAAAAAACUUCAUGAAAAGAUGUUCCAGAUCUGUGCAAAUUACUCAAUAUCACAAAGCAAAAGAAAAUGAGUAAUCAAGAGACUCACUCCCAAACAUACUGCUUGCUCAGGCAAUUUCACUUACACUGGGUCCCAGUAAGCUUUACUGUCAAAAGACAGGUUUUGUACACUCCUUUCAUGUGAAAUAGCACAAAGUUUCCAGUCUACACAGAAAGGCACUGGGGCAUUGGAAUAGGUUGCAUAUUUUUGCUCUCUUUAUUAUUAUUAUUACCAUUUUAUUUUUAUUUCUAAGAUGUACAUGCUUCAGUUUCCAGAGAAAAAUCUAGUAAUUUCAGUGAAGCAGCAAUAGCUUUCAUGCACCCCAAACAGACUUGUUAAAAACCCUCUGUUCCUGCUUUUGUUGGAUAUGGAACCAAGAAAUUGUCCACAUGGAAAAAAGCUGUUCUCUCAUCAGUACCUGCCCCUCAUCCAGAAUGCUUAAGGCAUCACACAGCAUGAUGGAAAACUCUGAUAAAUUGUUCUGCAGCCUGGCAUGAGCCAGAAUGACUUACCCCUGGGCUGUGGAGGUGAUGGGAUAUGUCCUAGCAAAGACAGGAUCAGUCUGAAGUACAAGAAAGUAAGACCUAAUCUAGUUUCUCCCUUCAAUAGCUUUUCCCGAAAGGAAUCAAAAUUUCUUUCUCCUUCCUCUCUUAUUUGCUGUGCUACUGUAGCUGAUCAAUAAAUUGCAAUUUUGAGCUGAG